ACCGUUCCUGCACGAAUUCGUAUGUUUGGAGAGAUCAUGCUGUUAUACACAAGAUUGGUGUUAGAUUGAUACUAAUCCAGUCACAAAAAAGUCAUAAAAAAAAUCAAAUUUUUAUGACAAAAGCAUUUCAGCAGCAUAAAAGAAUGUUCAAAGAUAAGUUUAACGAUCAUUAAGAUGUGUAUAGAUAGUUAGAAACAGAGCAAAGAUUGAUUAUAAUAAUCAAUAACUAUGAAAUUGAAGAUGGUUAAACAAAAAGUAACCAUUCGACUAAUUCGACACCCCCAAGCACGCGGUUUGAAAAUGGCGGGAAAAUAGUUUGUAUACAAAGCGUGUGAGAAGAGAGAAGAUGGCGCUCUUGCUUCUCUCAUUCUCAUGCUCACUCCUCUCGCGAAUGCUACUCUCGCGCUCGCAUUAGAAUAUGAAUUUCGAAGCACAACAACACCAGGCACCUCCACCGAUAUCGUGAAGAGUAGUGAGCCGUCGUCAUGGUACCGCCGUACCAGACUGGGAUAGUCGUUGUGGCGGUUUCAUCCUUUCAGUUGCGUCGGGCUGCUGGCUGCCAACGGAUCUUUGGAGGAAUCGUCCAAGAAGUGGCGUCAACGGAGUCGUUGAUGGAAGUGAUUUGUGUUGAGAUUGUAGCACUCUGUUGAGCUGAUGUUUUGUGCUGACAAUUACUGAUAACGAACGGGUACGAAUUGUAAAUUGGGGUGAUAGUGAAGAGACAAUGGUCUUAUUAGACAAAACGUGGUGGACUUAGGCGGUUGUAUUAAGUGGAAGGAAAUCAAAGUAGCUGCGGGUGCUGUUAAAUGGAUGUGAAAAUAUAUACAACAGUGUUUAUUGCGAUCAUUGUAAGAGCGACAGCAACAGUUCCAGGCUGUUGAAUAAAUAAUCCAGCAAGCUUUUACCGGAAUGGUGGCGAAAGUGGAUAAUUGAAUGUACAAACAUUAAUCUGCACCAAGCUCAUUGGAGUAAUUGACGAGGUCGUGGAGGAGUUCGGUCUGCAGAUCGGGUCAGCGAUAGUGACGAUGAUCCAAGACGCGAUGGAGCUGGUGCGCGUUGAUCUCGCGAAAGCGAACGGAAGCUACUAUGGUCAAACAUCACUGAUCGAUGCUGAGGGGCGAGUGGGCGAUGGACAGGAUGGACAAAUUCAGUUCGAUAGGCUCGAGUUCGAGAGUCCGGAAGACUUAAUGCGCCAUCUGUACUAUACGUGCAUGCGUUCGAACGUGUCCGAACCGCCCUGGACGACCGAUGGUAGUACGACAUUUUGUCCCCGGCGCUUCGACGGGUGGUCCUGCUGGGAACCGACACUGGCGGGUACGGUGGCGGAAAAUUUUUGUCCAAAGUUUAUACUGGGCUUUGAUCCACGUCGACUAGCCUACCGUACAUGUCACGAGAAUGGAUCCUGGUUCGUACACCCGCUCUCCGGCCGGGAAUGGUCCAACUACACGAACUGUAUCGACACGGAAGAUAUGCAGCUUCGUCGGUUGGUGAACGACAUCUACAUCGGUGGAUACACGGUUUCCUUCUUAACGCUAAUUAUCUCGCUGUGUAUCUUUCAUAGCUUUCGAACAUUAAAAUGCACCCGCAUACGGAUCCACAUCCAUUUGUUCACCUCAUUGGCACUGAGCUGUCUGUUUUGGAUCUUCUGGUACAAGUUUGUCGUCGAGGAUCCGGAUGUCCUGAAUGCAAAUACGGGCUGGUGCGUUGGACUCCACAUUCUGCUACACUACCUGAUGCUGGUUAAUUAUUUUUGGAUGUUUUGCGAAGGACUUCACCUGCAUCUCGUGCUCGUUAUAGUCUUCAUCAAGGAUAUUGUCGCAAUGCGUUGGUUUGUCACGAUCGGUUGGAUAUUGCCGGUGGUGUUGGUGAGCCUGUACGCCCUCGUCCGCAACACACUCGAACCACUCGAUACGGAGCACUGCUGGAUGAACGAAAGCCACGCUAUGUGGUUACUGACGAUUCCGGUGUGCUUUUCACUGGUCGCCUCCCUGGUGUUUCUUAUCAACGUCGUCCGAGUGUUGCUGACGAAGCUAAGCUCCACCUCACCCCAUCCCGCACCGCUCGGGCUGCGGAAAGCCACACGUGCAACGUUGAUUCUGAUACCGCUGUUCGGUUUGCAGCACAUCCUGCUGCCGUUGCGACCGGAGAAAGGAUGCUCGGUGGAACGGUACUAUCAGAUCGGGGCCGCCCUGCUGAUCAGUCUGCAAGGUUUGUGCGUUUCGUGCCUGUUCUGCUUCGCCAACCACGACGUAAUCUUUGCGGUACAGUGCUACCUGAGCCGAUUUUUCCCCGACCUUGUGACACAUCCAUUUCUCGAGAGCAAUGGAGGGCAACCGGCCACGCAGAGCCGAGACGUGGUCGUAUGACUACUGCACGGUCGUCGCUCCACACCGACGAGUGUAAGUCAGCGCGAACCGUCACCCCAGGUGGGACAGUGCGCUGUCUAAAGUGGUGCCGCCGUCCGUCGAAGGAACGAAGGAGGCUCUCACUCUUUCCUCUCUGUACUUCGGUGUCCCUGUUUCCCCAUCCGUACGGUCCAUGUAGACGCGGUAGGUGUCCUCUCGAUGAUAGGAUUUUCGGGUUGAACUCACAUGAUGUAUAGCCAGAACUAGUCGAUGUUCAUAUUUCGAUGUUGCUGUGGUGAAUAAUCGUAAAUGUACAAAUGUAGUGUUUCAUCUCAGAUUCUCGUACGAGCGCAAAGCAUGCGAUGGUAGUGUACGGCAGUUUACUGCGAACCUUUAGAAGACUAAAAAUAUAUUUAACAUUAUGACUAUAGCGCUGGGACAUUCUAGCGAUGCAUCCGGUGCUGGAAGAAAGAAUGAAGAAAUAAAGAAUAUUUUUACUUAUCGACAAGGAAUUUCGUUGUUUAUGCGACCGUGUUUUCUCUCCCAGACUCCAGUUCACCCGGGAAUGAGGAAGGUGGCCACCGCACGGAAAGGUAAAUCGAUUUCGCUUCAAGUUUUGCUUUCAUGUACAUACAUAUAAAAGAUUACAUUGCGAAUCUCGGCCAAUUUCUGUGAUUCGAGAAUCGGUAUACGUCUGCGGAUUAAAUUUUCAUGUGAAACGUUCCUUUUCCUUCUGACGGUGGAGGUGGACAUGAAUACGGGAGAUAACGAGGACCGUGUACGGCAGGUAUGUCAAAUGAAUGAUGGCUUUUAAUCUGAUUGUGGCGUUUGUUUGCAAUAUCCAAUAUGAAUUAUGCUUUGAUGGAUUGAUUAUGGAACAAUAUUUGCACUGCUGCUUACGAGAAGUAAUUGAUUUUGUUAUUAAAAUGGAGUAUUAUUGAAAGGGUAAAGUUCAUCAGCCCAGACAUGUUUGUUUCAUCACUAAAAGGUAAAUAUUUAUUUGCGUAAAUUCCAGUUUUGUUCAAAAGCUUAUUAGCAACCAGUUAUACAGUUUCGUCAACUGCGAACUGCGUGCGUGGACUUUGAAUUCGCAUCUCACCUAUAGAUGUCUCUGGUCGCUGUAAUAAACUGUGCGAAUUGUAACAAUGUAAUGUUAUACUGUUCGACUUGCCGUUCUUCUAUCGGCAAGAGAAGCAUUUUAAAAUAUUU